GCUAUUGAUGGCUGUGCAAACGCCACAUUAGGCCUCAGAUAGUAAUUCCAUAGUCAAACCAGUGCCCGUCUCGAGCCGAGUCGUCUGGAAUCAUGAUCUACCAUCAUGAUGGGCGAAGCAGUUAUUAUAGCUACAGUAUAUUUAUGGCACUGAGCUUGAACAAUGAUCUGCGAAUGAUAAUCUCUGACGCUCAUCCAAGUCACGGACUAUCAAUAAUACUCCAGUCCUACUAUAGCUCAGCGGCCUGUGCUUACAUUAAUGUUUUGUCUUCCCUAUGCAUAGGUUUUAUGCUCUACACUUCCCUAAAUCAGGAGUAGACGAAGCUUUUGUGAGACCUCUUCACAUGGACACCUUGCAUAAAAUGAUGCCAAGACCCGUUGCGAUUACCUCACUGCCAUGACUCCAAACAUGGCCGGAGACCAGCAG